AUGGGAAACACUGAAUCUCGUAACGAAAAUGUUAAAACUUUUCGAAGAAAACCAAGUUUUUCUCGAAUCAGUUCUUCUCAUGUAAAAACUAAUAGUAUUUCACCAGAUUGUAAUGAUAGUACUAAUAAUUGCAAUAUUAAAACUGUAUCAAAUUUAAAAUUUCUUGGCGGUCGUCCUUAUUUAGACGAAGAGUUUCCUGCUGACUGGGAAGAAGCUGAUAGAGUUCAAACUUGUCAUUUCGCGUUAAAACAUUUGCUUGGUGGCAAUUACUCUGCACCACUUUCUGACAUUAUUAAGCCAGAAAGUAAAAUUUUAGACAUUGGAUGCGGUUCUGGUCAUUGGUGCUUUGAAAUUGCACAAGAAUUUCCUGACGCAGAUGUUUAUGGCAUAGAUAUAAUAUCAUCAUUUCCUAGUGAAAUAAAACCAUCUAACUGCUACUUUCAAGAAUGUAAUAUAUCAAAUGGAUUACCUUUCGAUAAUAAUGUAUUUGAUUAUAUUUUUAUGAGACAUAUGUUUUUAGCACUAAGAAAUCAUCAGUGGGUACCACUGUUGAAUGAAAUAAUGAGAAUAUUGAAACCUGGUGGUGUUAUUGAGUUUGUGGAUUUUGAUUUAAUUCCACGUUCAAUUGGCCCGGUUUAUGCUAAAUUAGUAAAACAAUGUUAUGAAUCAUUAUACAAAAAAAAGCAAAUCGAUCUCCUAUUUCUUCCAAAAUUAGAACAAAUUAUCAAAGAUGUAGGAUUUCAAAAUGUAAAUUGCAUUCAUAAGAAUGUAUCUCUCGGAAAAUGGGAUAAAAAUAUUGGCAAAAUUGGUGAAAUAUGGACUUCAAACAUGCUUCAAAUGAACAAAUCAUUAAUUACAUCACUUGUAAAUAUCUCAGAUGAAGAGUUGGAUCGCCUACUAAAAGUGUGA